AACCAAAGCGAGACUCAAGACUUAAAACUUGUAAACUAGAAGUAAAAGCUUACCAAAGAGUAAACCUCGAACAACCACUAUUUGUUUUUUCAAUUUUUGGGAUAUGGGAUGAGGCACCAUCUCCAGNUCAACCUGCAAGACCUUGGAACAUCAUUCUUGAGGUAAUUUUAAUUCAAUCCAUUCAUUGAAACCAUAGAGGUUUAGGUAUGAUGUGUUUUUGCUUCCUAUUCUGCAGCUUAGUUUUCAGAUGUUUAUUAUGUGUUGUUUCUGAAGUCUUUGCACUCCAUUUCUGUGUUAAAUCAUUGCCUCAUAAUAAGGGCGUCUUUGAUAGUGCUUGAAAUCCAUUAUGCAAAUGGUUGAAAUCCUGGUGUUGUUUGAAAGUGUUUGAAAUCCAUUUAUGUGUUAGAUAAUCUGGAAGUGCUUUUUAUUUAUGUGCUCUUUUUAAAGUGCUUGAAAUUCAGUAAUUUCAUAAAAAUCUAAAACAAACCCUGAAGUAUGUGUGGUGAAUUUUGUUAUUCGUCUAUGAAUUAAAUUAAAAUGUCUUUAAGCUUAGCACAGUAUGAAAAUAACCGACACUUCCAAAUGUAUGAAACUAAAUAGUUACCAUUCAAAGGUACCACAUCUCAAAGAAAAAACUGGCAUAAUUUAAAGGCUACUGUUCCAACCCACGAGUUUCAUUAUCUAUCAAUAUCCUCUCAGCCAAUAUGUGUCUCCCUUCAACAAUCUUUUAUUAAUUUCACUGACCCAUCAACCCAGAUAUUAAUUUAGGUGUAAAAGCAGCUAUCCUCCCAGGUAGAAUGAUAUUAGUUAUUUGGUUUGUUUAUAGGUGUGUUGUUUGCCACAAUUAGUAGAAGUAAAGAAAAAACAUUUUUUAAUUACAGAUACGCCUAAAUCCGCAAGAACUUGGAACAUCAUUCUUCCAAAAACCAGCCCAAAGCACCAGACCCAAAACCCGGAUAGUAAACCCAAAGUCCCAGACUCAAAAACAAUCCCAAACGCUAUAACCCAACCUAGAGUCUACCCAAAACCCAGGCCUAAAAACCAGUCCCAAACACAAACGCCAAAACCUAACCCAGAUUCUACAUAAGGGUAUGAACACACAGUCUUUGAAAUCCAUUUAUGGGUUAAAAAUCUAAAAUCAUAAAUCAUUUUUUGUUCUGAACUAUGUUUAACUUUCUCAAUUUCCAAUUUAUUUUAUCAUAUUAGGUUGUGGUGUAAUACCUAGGUUCACAAUAUGUGUCUUCCUUCAACGAUCUUUUAGUUUUAAUUUUUGUGACCCGACACGAAAACAAACCCAAAGUCUAAACCCAAAACUAAAAACCCAACCAACGAGCCCCAAAAACCAGCACCAAAACCCAGCCCUAAAUUAUUAAUUUUAGUGACCCGACAACCCAGAUACAAAACCCCAUCGCAAAUAUAGACCCAAACUCUUAAUCCUAAAGUCAAAUGACAACAAAAAGGAAUGGACAUGUAAGGUGGAAUGAUCAGUGGAAUAAAUGACAACAAAAAGGAAUGGACAUUUAAGGAACCUAAGGUUAGAGUUGUGGAGAAACGGAACAUCAAAGACUCAAGGACGAGCCCUAACAAGUACAGACCUUUUAUAUUGCAGGAUGAGGAGGUAUGCUUAUAAAGCUUAUAAAAUAAUCAAUCUUAGAGCGUACAUAUUACAUGCACUAAUUAUGUUCCAUUCAACCAUUUCUGUACAGGUUACCAAAGUUCUUGCUCUCGUAAAUAGUGGUGACAUUGAACAAAUUGAUAAGAUACUCGGCCUCAAAAACACGUACUACAUAAGCAAUGCUGCUGCCAUGCCUAACCAAGUAUAGUGGUGAUCCCCCAUCCGCAAACUAUAAUUACAUUUAGAUGUUGAGUAAAAGGACUUGGAUUGAGGCAGCCCCAAAAUCAGAACAAAUUCAGGCAACAAAUGAGACAGACACUAUCCUCACACAAUUCUUUGACUUCAAUGACUUAUGCGGUUCUAAAACCCCAAUCAAUUUCAUGGCCAUUGUGAUUCAGAGAAUGCUCAGAGAGUAUGUCUCCGUUCCUGGACAUGCCAAAACCGCACAUGAUUUCAUGCUUGUGAAUGAAGAGGUUCAUGCCGAGUCUUGUUUAUUGGCUGGAGCUUGGCGGUGCUUUCAACAAAAUGGAAAUUUCAACGCCUCCACCGAUCAACAAAAUGGAAAUUUCACCAUGUACCGGUUCUAGGUUGACCUUUAACUUUAGUGUUUGACAAUCAAAUUUGCGUUAGGUUUGCGGGUACAAUCCGUUGGAUUUUAAUUUUUAGGUCAGACUCUAGGUCGUGUUUUGAGUUAAGGCAAUUGCGUUUUACUGUCUUGUUUUUUGUUGUGGUUCUAAAUACUAUCAAAAUGUUGUGGUUCUAAAUACUAUCAACCUCAUAUUUCCGAAUUCUAGGCAUUGCGUAUCAGAUGUGCAGAUUUCCCGGUAUGAUUGAAACAUCUUCUCUGAUUCCUCGUCUUGUAUUUAUGGAUCCUUUUCUUAAUAAUCCCCUGCCAAUUAUUUCAGCAUGUACGUUGGGCUAUUUAUAUUCGAUUUUGGGAUGAGACACCAUCUCCAAGAUACCUCCUAGGCAUAAUCUUAUGAGUUCUUUGGCGUGUUCUUCUCUUUGUUGUUUGUUUCUAUUACUGAAAGAAGGGUCAUUUUUCACCUACAGGUUUGGAAAAUUAUUCUUCAGGUAAUUUAAAUUCCAUGUAUUCAAGAGUGCUUAAAUUCAGAUGUGUAUUCUGCUCACAUUACUUCCUUUGAACAUUCUGCAUAAUAACUUGCAAGGUUUUGACUAUAAAGAAUACAUUUUUUAGCAGUUUUUAAAUUAUGACCUGUUUUUAUGUCUUUGCAAUCCUGUUUGAAACUGAAAAAUGAGAGGUGUGCCAUGUGAUUUUUUAAAUUUCAAGGCUAUAAAGUAAGGAGUGAGUGUUGGACUCUGGUAAAGGUUAGGAGUGAGUGUUGGACUCUUGAAAUCCAUUAUGCAAAUGGGUUAGAAUGGUUGGGCAUACACAAUUCUUUUCCCACAUUUCCUGAACCUAAAACAAGAUAACUUACAAUUUAACAUCAAUUUUUCAAAGUUGGGAGAUUUAAAGUAUUAUAUGUUUCUAAUGGAUUUGAAUUGUUUUGUUUUUUAGACUUGGAUAUAAUGACCAUAUCACAUUUAAAAAUAUGCAACCAGCACGUUUAGAGAUGUGAAAAAAAAUACAGUAGCAAUUUCAAACUGCUCUUUAGAAUGUAUAAAAUUCCAAGUUGUAAAUUUUAAACUCUAAAGCAUCUAAAGAAUAGGAAAAUCUGGUUUAUUCAAAUAUGAGAGCUGUACCAUUUGAUUUUUUAAAUUUCAAGGCUAUAAAUUAAGGAGUGAGUGAUGGACUCUUGAAAUCCAUUAUGCUAAUGGGUUACGAUGGUUGGGUGUACACAAUUCUUUUCCCAGAUUUUGCAGUGAAUGUAUUACCACGGACUCAUUGUUUUAUCAUUAGUUUUUUAUUAAAUUGCUAAUACUAAAACUGACAGAGUGUGCAUACCUUUUAUAAAAGUCUCAUCCAUAUUCAGACCAAUUAAAAAACAUGCCAACUUUAGGCUUCAAUUCAUCUUCACAU